AUGCUGGUCUCUGUAAAUCAUGGCUAUCUUAAAGACUUGCAAUACGAGCGCAAACAUAUAAUUAGUAACAUAAGGAUAGGACUUGUGUGGGCGUCGCGUCGCGACGCAGGCAGCCCUGUGCGCGUGUGGGCGGCGCGACGCAGGCAGCCCUGUGCGCGUGUGGGGAUCGCGACGCAGGCAGCCCUGUGCGCGUGUGGGGAUCGCGACGCAGGCAGCCCUGUGCGCGUGUGGGGAUCGCGACGCAGGCAGCCCUGUGCGCGUGUGGGGAUCGCGACGCAGGCAGCCCUGUGCGCGUGUGGGGAUCGCGACGCAGGCAGCCCUGUGCGCGUGUGGGGAUCGCGACGCAGGCAGCCCUGUGCGCGUGUGGGGAUCGCGACGCAGGCAGCCCUGUGCGCGUGUGGGGAUCGCGACGCAGGCAGCCCUGUGCGCGUGUGGGGAUCGCGACGCAGGCAGCCCUGUGCGCGUGUGGGGAUCGCGACGCAGGCAGCCCUGUGCGCGUGUGGGGAUCGCGACGCAGGCAGCCCUGUGCGCGUGUGGGGAUCGCGACGCAGGCAGCCCUGUGCGCGUGUGGGGAUCGCGACGCAGGCAGCCCUGUGCGCGUGUGGGGAUCGCGACGCAGGCAGCCCUGUGCGCGUGUGGGGAUCGCGACGCAGGCAGCCCUGUGCGCGUGUGGGGAUCGCGACGCAGGCAGCCCUGUGCGCGUGUGGGGAUCGCGACGCAGGCAGCCCUGUGCGCGUGUGGGGAUCGCGACGCAGGCAGCCCUGUGCGCGUGUGGGGAUCGCGACGCAGGCAGCCCUGUGCGCGUGUGGGGAUCGCGACGCAGGCAGCCCUGUGCGCGUGUGGGCGUCGCGUUACACCCGUCCCUUCAAAUCGACAUUUAACCAGUUCACCAUCAACCCCGUGGGCUCAUCGCUGUGA